CAAUGUUAAAUGUGUAUCAUAGAUGAUGCUGUUGAAAGCCCCGAAAGUAUUCGAUAUUCAGCCGAGACAGUUUGAUCCUGAGACAUAUGUUGAAGAAGAAGAAGAAGAAGAAGAAGAACAAAUGGUUGACGCUGCUGAGGAGGAUGCUAAUCUGAAGAAACCUUCAUUUUUACCAAAGAGUGUUGUUCGUUGGAGGGAAGUCCAGAAUGAAGACGGCACAUUCACUAGAGAAAGUAAUGCACGAUUUAUAAGGUGGUCUGAUGGAAGUUUGCAGCUACAAAUUGGAGACGAAUAUUUUGAUGUAACAGAACAAGACAUACAAAAUGAAAACAACCAUCUCUUUCUGCGUCAUGAUGAACAGAGAAUCAUGGAAUCACAAGGACAGAUUCAAAAGAAGCUACUUGUACGGCCAUCAUCUUUAUCUUCUGCUUCUCAUACCUCAUUAGUUGCUCAAAUAGACUCUCAACAACUUAAGUGUCCCAAGGUUAAGAGCUGCCCUACAGAAAUUGAUCCAGAAUGGCUGAUGAUGCAAGAGGCUAAAAAGGUAGUACUAAAAUGCUGA